AGACGCACAUGCCAGUUGAGUUAGUUCGCUCGAUUGAUAUGGGUCGAUUUUAAUAGUAAGGUUAAAAGUAAUACGAGAUACAAAGGAAAUUAAAAAUGCAGACCUUAUUGCUGCUCGUCGUAAUUCUAUUUUCCAGUAUUGUAACCGCGACGUUUAUAGAAGACGGUCAAUAUUGGCAUAAAAUAGCGCAGGAAGAAUUGAAAAAAUCCCUUUCGUAUAAAUGGAAUACAGGUAAAGCGAAAAAUGUAAUAAUCUUUGUGGGUGAUGGUAUGAGUCCCGAUACGAUAACAGCCAGCAGGAUUUAUCGAGGUGGUGAAACGAGUUAUCUCACCUGGGAAAAAUUUCCGCAUGUUGGUUUAUUGAAGACGUACAAUACAAACAAACAAGUGCCAGAUUCAGCGUCCACGGCAACCGCAUUAUUUGGUGGAGUUAAAACUAAUUACAAAGUUGUUGGAGUCGAUGUUAACGUCAAAUUGGGAGAUUGCAAGGCCAGCUUGAAUAAAAAUUAUCACGUUGAUUCAAUAAUAUCUUUAGCCCAGGCUUCGGGCAAGGCUACAGGAUUUGUAACGACUACAAGAGUGACUCAUGCGACUCCAGCUCCACUAUAUGCUCAUUGUCCUAAUCGACGAUGGGAAUGUGAAGCUAAUAUACCAAAAAAUAUAACUGCUUGCAAGGAUAUUGCGAGACAGCUCAUCGAAAAUGAGCCUGGUAGAAACAUCAAGGUAAUAAUGGGUGGUGGUAGACAGACCUUGAAGUCAAACGUAAAGCCUGGUAAAUAUGAUCCAAUCGAUACAUGGGCUUGUUAUAGUACUGAUGGUAGAGAUUUAAUAAAGGAUUGGGCAGAGGAUAAACGAAUAAGAAAUUUUACGUACGAAGUGGUCGAAAAUAAUGAACAAUUAUCGAGAGUAAAUACGGAUAAAAUUGAUUAUUUGCUUGGUAUAUUUGCCAAUGGUCAUAUUAAGAUGGAUUGGGAGAGAGAGAAAGGACCGGAAGGACAACCAAGUUUAGAGGAAAUGACUGUAACUGCUUUGAAGAUCCUUCAAAAGUCAACUAAUGGUUAUGUUUUGAUGGUCGAAGGUGGAUUGAUCGAUUACGCUCAUCAUCGUGGACAUGCCGGCGAAGCUUUACGAGAAACCGUUCGUUUUUCGGACGCCAUUAAUGCUACUGUUAACAUGAUUGAUACUGAAGACACUUUGGUCAUAGUAACCAGCGAUCAUACUCAUUCUAUGAACUUUAAUGGUUACAGCGAUCGUGGUUCAUCGAUUUUAGGUAUUGCACAAAAAUCUAAAUAUGAUGGGAUACCUUACACGACCUUAACUUACAGCACUGGUGGUCCAAAUAAUGCAGCUUACAUGAUAUCAAACACGACUAAUCUUUUAACAAGAAUCGAUCCUUCUACUCAAAACACUACAGCGUUUAAUUAUAGUCAACAAGCUGCUAUCGUGUCCGAUGAAGCUUAUCAUGGAGGAGGAGAUGUAGCUAUUUAUGCUAUAGGUCCAUCGGCCCAUCUUUUCCAUAGCGUUCAUGAGCAAAAUUUUGUUGCCCACGUAAUAACAUAUGCUGCUGAUUUUGGAAAUUAUACAAGUGGUAGUGAACAAAAUGCAAUAUCUAAUACUUUUUUCUAUUUCUGUCUACUUCUACUUAUUUUUACAUUAUUUACUACUACUAUCUUCGCGGUACAUAGAUAACAAGAAAAAAAAAAAAACCAAAA